AUGAUGCUCCGAAUACUUUACAUUUUGGUGGCCUUUCUAAGCUGCUCGCGCGUUCGUGCUGCUGCUGUCUUUGCCCAUUUUAUGGUUGGCAAUACUGAGAACUUCACCGUGGAUGAUUGCACACAUAAUAUGCAGCUGGCCCUUGAUGCGCACAUUGAUGCAUUUGCUCUGAAUAUGGCUUCAGGCUGGUAUUACAAUCUUCAAGCAGUUGCCAAUGCAUUUGCAGCAGCGCCUGGUAAUGGCUCCUGGCCUGAAGCAGAAGUCAUCUCAAUGAUACACGAGUUUGGAGCCCUUGACGCUUACUAUAAAUAUCAUGGGAAGCCCUUUGCAUCGACCUUUGAGGGCCCAGGAAAUGCCAAGGACUGGAUCAACAUUAAAGCCCAGACAGAGUGCUUUUUUAUGCCAGAUUUGUCGUCAGUUGAGGCAGGCCCUGCUAUGGAGUUGGCAGGAGGGGCCACAGACGGUCUUUUCAGCUGGGUCACCUGGCCGUGGGGAAACCUGAACAUGACAACCUAUGUUGAUGCUUCCUAUAACCAGACGCUGACCGCUGCUGGAAAACCAUACAUGAUGCCCGUCUCGCCCUGGUUCUACACUAACAUGCCCGGCUAUAACAAGAACUGGCUGUGGCGGGGUGAUGACUUAUGGUAUUAA